UCAGGAGUGUUAUGGAUAAAAGUUUGCUGAGGCCGGAAAGUAAAGUUUGCGCGUGAGGAGAGGUUUGCACGUUCGUAGCUCGCUGGAGAGAACCGUACUGUAGAGAACUAUCGAGGCGGUAGUGGGAUAAAAGAGUGGAGAGAAAGACGCCACACAGGAGACGAAACUUGCAUAAUAAAAACCCUUUAGAGUGGAACGCGACUCCAUUAAUUACAUGUCUUAGGAGUCGUCGAAAGCGGCAAUGAGUGAAACGGAGGCGCAAGACGUUUUAGCGUCAGAGCAGAAGAGCGCUGAAGAAAGACCGCAACCAGAGAAGAAAGUUAUCGCCAAAUUGGUUCAGGGAACAGUGAAAUGGUUUAACGUUCGAAAUGGCUAUGGUUUUAUCAAUAGAAAUGACACCAAAGAGGAUGUUUUUGUCCAUCAGACUGCUAUUAAAAAGAACAAUCCCCGCAAAUUUCUUCGCAGUGUUGGUGAUGGAGAAAUUGUAGAGUUUGAUGUUGUUGAAGGCGAGAAGGGGGCAGAAGCUGCCAAUGUAACUGGCCCUGGAGGAGUUCCAGUAAAAGGAAGUCGUUAUGCUCCCAAUCGCCGUCGUUUCCGCAGGCGUUUUUACAACAGACCACGUGGCCCUGGACCAGCACCUGGUGAAAUUGUUCCAGCGCAGCCUAGCACUGAGGGUGAGGGGGCACUUGAAAGCCCUACUGGCCAGCAACCUCGUCGCCGCCGACCCCUCCCACCUUUCUUUUACCGCAGAAGGUUCCAGAGGAGGCCACCACAGGAGAGCCUGCCUGAGGCCGCCGAUACAGAAGUCAAAGAUGGGGAAGGACAAGCAAGUGAUCAGCAAAAUAUUCAGAGGACCCCCCAGCGCCGUUUUAGGCCACGGUUUCGCAGGCCAUUUCGUCCUAGAGCACCAGUGCCACCUGGUGCAGGCCAGGUGAUGCCACCGGCAGAAGGGGAUGCUGCAGUAAAGGGAGAUGGACAGGCUGAUGGGCAACCAGCAGCAGGUGGCCCUCUCCCAGGACAAGGCCAGCGUCCACGGCGUCGGUUUAAUAGACGAAGACCGCCUCUGUCCCCAAACCAACAAGCCUCUAGUAAGCCUGACAAAGCUGUAUCUGACUCUGCUGAUCCUCCGCCGCCGGACUCUUCUGCCCCAGUGACAACUGACACAAUUCCUGCUGCUUCCCCGAAAACCCUGCCAGAAGAUUCAAAGCCGACAGAAGCAUCCCGGGCCGAUGCUCCGGAUGCAGACUCAGUAGUGACCUCUCGCUCUGAAUGAGGACACAUUUUUCCUUUGAUGCUUUUUUUGAUUAAAAGUGUCUCUGGAUGGUUUCUGAGAAGUGCUCAUAUCGGAGCUCCUUGGCUGUCUUUCCACAUGCCCACACCAAGCAGCACUGCUUUCAUCGUCACAUUGUGAAGAAAUGCCAAAGAUGUGCAAUUUAUUUUUGUGAACAUGGUGACACACAGCAGUAUAGGGGGAGGAAAACCUUGUUUUGUAAAGAAAUUAACCAACGGGUAUUUAAUUUAAAUCUUUGGGAAGUUAGGGUGUUUUGCUGAAG